AUGAAGUUUCUGAAGUUCCUGGUCGACAAGAGAUCUCGCGACAGCGCUGAUCAUGCUGCUAAUGCUGCGACUGGUGUGCUGCCUCCCGUCAACCUGACAAGCCCGACUCGUCCUAUCAAGAGCGCUGGCAACGGGGAGAAGAAACCCAAAGUCGGAAAGCUUACGUUGUACAUGCUAUUGUCCGACAUUUAA